CUGAUCGGCAUUCUCUUGAUCGAGCAUAAGCAUUCACGAUAACAGAACACUUGCGUAUCGUGCGACACGUUACUGCUAUUGCCGAUAUCAAUCGUGACUAUCUAUCUAUAUAGCAAAAGGAACUAUGCCAAGCGAUGCCCUUCUGACUUUGAAUAUAUACCAAACAUCAUGCUGCUGAGGCGAAUCAGCCGCGCAGCGCGCAGGCUACCAUUCUUUCUCCUGCUUGUCACGGCCGCGCCUUUUAUUCUUGAGGCCAUAAUCCACGUAUGGAGGUCGCAGGUCCCGCGCCCCGCCAGGGACCUCGACGCGCCCUUCUUUACGACUUGCCAGGAGCCUGACGUCGCUGCCGAGCGAGAGAACGCCGUGCUUGUCAUGCUGGCGCGCAACUCGGAGCGCCAAAAGGCGAAGAGGACGGUCCGGUCUAUCGAGGCACAUUUCAACCAGUGGUUCGAGUACCCCAUCCUGUUCCUCAACGACGAACCUUGGGACGCCCGCUUCAUAGCUGAGCUGAACAAGACCGCCGGGGGCAGGGGCAUUUUUGAGGUUAUCCCCAAAAACCAGUGGACUUUUCCAGAUUGGUUGGACCAGGAUUCGGCGAAGAAGAGCAUAGAAGCGCAGGGCCAUGCUGGUGCGCCACACGCAGGAAAAGAAGGGUAUCACCACAUGUGUCGAUUCUAUUCGGGCAAAUUCUAUCAGCUGGAGGCUCUCAGCAAGUAUAAAUGGUACUGGCGACUAGAGCCAGACGUUGAUUUCACAUGCGCCAUCACGUAUGACCCUUUCGUGCAGAUGGCCAAGCAUAAGAAAGUGUACGGUUAUACGAUCGCGCUAUGGGAAGUCGGGAAGUCGUGCCCUGGUCUCUUCCACGCAACCACGGCCUGGAAAUCAUUAAAAGGCAUACCCUCGAGCAGUUUAUGGAGCGCCAUGAUGGAAGCGUCGUGGAUGCCCUUCCCUUUUCGCAGCUUUCUCAGCUGGCUGCCUCACCGCGAUGCUGCUGGCGACGUAUGGAGCCUGUGCCAUUUCUGGAGUAAUUUUGAGAUUGCCGACAUGGACUUUUUCCGCUCAAGGGCGUACCAAGACUACUUCGAGUAUUUGGACAAGAAAGGCGGUUUUUAUCAAGAGCGGUGGGGCGACGCCGCUGUGCAUUCGCUGGCCAUCGGCAUGCUGGCCGACCCUCAGCAGGUGCAUCAUUUCGAAGAUAUCGGAUAUCGGCAUGCGAAGUUCUAUCAAUGUCCGGCCAAUGCGCUUGAUGGCCAGCUACCCGACUCCCCGUCGCUGGUGAAGAACAAGCCGUGGUCGCCCGAGUCUGCAGGCGGGAUUGGGUGUCGAUGCGAAUGUGACGGUAAAACGGGACGCAAUUUCCAAUCUUAUUGUCUCGAUAGGCUCAAGCAACCAAGCAGCCCUAAGAAGGGAUGGUUUUCGUGAGGAUAUUAUUUCCUCUAGAUCGAAAGUAAGAUGAUGAUAAUUAUUUGGCUAUCUUCUACGAGAUGAACCUGCGUAUAUCGUAGGGGAGGGGCUAUUCUGGAGCAGAUUCAUUAAUACAGCCUUGGAUGACGGUUGAUAAAGAUCAAUAUAUUAGAGGCCAACGAUGAAAAUACGAGCUAGCCUCCCUCGACCAUCAUCCUGAAGACGAACAGCCAUGAAGCCAUGCUCACCCAAGUUGGGUCAAUGAUAUUGAGAUUCGGCAAGCGUAUGCUACCAAAUGGUAUGAUCAAACUACAAGCAGCUUCCUAGGAAAAGGGCAAGCAUAAUUCUAAGCAUUCACGAAAGCAAUAC